AUGCUCAGACGUCCCGCAACAACACUGCACAUCACCUCAGAAGACGUCGCGUCCUACGAAGACCGACGCGCCCGCGAGGCCCUUGUCGCAGCGCAGCAGGCCCGAAGAGCUGCGGCUGUGGCGGCUGCUCAGCAGAGCCAGGCGGAUAUGGAGGGCGUGCAUCAGGCGCUGCAGGAGAGGGAGAGGGAUGAUGAUUUGAGGAGGGCUAGGGAGGACAGGAUGGGUGUUUCGAGGAGACGGUGA